AUGUCCCGUCUUCAUUUGGUGCAAGAACAACAACCCAUCUCCCUCGUGUACGAGGAUGAGCGCUGGCAGAAGACCAUUCACUACUUCCUCACCCGUCAUGGCCAGCACAUCACCUCCCUCGACCUCAUCUUCACAGACGUGCAGCAGCUCCGCUCCCUCCGCCCCUUGAUCGCUCGCUGCAGCCCCUCCCUCUCCUCCUUCAGCAUCAAGCUUCGUGGGUUUGUAGACAGCGACGAGGAGCAGGAGUAUAAGGACUGGACCCUCAGCUUCCUGAAAAACUGCUCACGCCUGCAGCACCUGAAGCUGGGCUGCGGCAUGUGGGACCUUGAUGAGAGCUGUGCAAAUGCAUCCUGGCUGAGGUCGAUUCGUUGCCUGACUCUGAAGCACGUGGACACCAGCCUCUUGAGCUUCGAAUAUUUGGAUUCCAUCACACCGCAGCUGCACGAGUUCACGCUCUACCAGCACUAUCACCUCUCCCGUGGGCCCCUCUUUGGCUCCCACAGCAUGAAAUUCUCCUUGCCCAACGCCCGCCUCCUCCGCUUCCGCUUCGCCAGCAACGAGCUCAAGCUCACACUCACCGUCUCGCCCGCUCUCAAGACCCUCUCAGUGAUGGCCAAGUGGCUCGUGCUCUCUUGCAAGAGCAGCUCCCCUCUCGCUCUCGAUCACCUCUCGUUGUACGGCCAGGAGCGGCUCAUAAUCUCCUCCCUCCGUAUCGCAUCUGCGCGAGCCGUGUACCUCAACGGGCCGGCCUGUGAUGAGGAAUCCAGCUGCCCUGGGAUCUCUUACCAGCUGCCUCUCGAAUGGCAGCACGUUCCAUACGGCAUUUCCAGCUUUUCUUGGACCAAAUGGCUGCGCACUAUAGCGCAAAACGUGGAGGUGCUUGUAGUGAGGCACGGGAUUCCGAUCCACGAGGUGGGUGUGGUGUGGAGGAACCUGCGCAGCCUUGGGAUUGUCAUGCACGCGGAUGGGCCGCACAAUGAGGACUGGGAGGCAACUGUGGAGAAUUGCAGGGCGUUCAGGGAUGAUGGGGAGUAUGAUGAUGAUCUGGAUGAGGACGGUGGCUUUGGUGGGUGUUAUGAUGACGAGGAGGAUGAGGAGGAUGAAGAGGAAGAGGAGGAUGAGGAGGAUGAUGAUGAUGAUGCCGAGUACGAGGGGAGGGGUUAUGGAGGAAGAGGGGGAAGAGGCCGCAAGCAGAAGAAAAAGAAGGCCUUCGCCAAGCCGCCUUCCAUUGGCGCUCCGAAUCUGCGCUUCCUUUUCUUCCCAUCCAGCAAGGCGUGUGACGCCGCCACACUGGCUGCACUGCGGCAGGACUACCCCGCCCUGGCGCUCUACUGUGUGGUGGACCGCUCCUUCUACUGGCACAGGAAAGGGGUGCCUGUGAACAAUGGGCCGCUCAAGCAUGUGAGGCAGGCCAAGAGCGGACUACGAACUCGGUAUGAUACCCGAUACGUAAAAAAGAAGCAGCCGAAGAAUGUUAGGGAGAAGAUGAACAGUGUGAACAAGAAGCUGAUGGAGGGGUACUGUGUUGACAAGGACGAGGCGCACAUGUUCCGGUACAAAGGACGGUUCUAA